ACUAAAAGGGGAAAAAGAAAGAAAAAAACCCUCAAAGCCCUAGUACUCCCCUUCGUAGACGCAGGCAGUCAGCAGCCGACCAGAAGGCAGCAGACGCAGAGCAAAUCCAACAAGAACACCACUAGUGCUGCAUUCGCAGCGAGCGAGGAAGAGGAAGAGGGUGAGAGAGAGGGAUGGCGUGCCUGCACGAUCACGAGUGUGGGGAUCACAACUGCGCCGCCGAUUGGUCGCUCUACAAUCACAUCGACAUCCCCAAGGUGGUGGCUCUGAACGAAUCUGUGGCCGGGAGCGUCAAAUCGGUCUUCAAGUCGUGGGACCAGCGCCUCGAGACUUCCGGGGGUUUUCUGGAGAGCAAUGAGGGUGACCCUGAGUUACUUGUUUUCAUCCCAUUUACCUCAGAUGUGAAGAUCAAGAGCAUCGCUGUCGUUGGUGGUGCUGAUGGGACAAGCCCUUCAAGAAUGAGAGCAUUUAUCAAUAGAGAAGGUAUUGACUUUUCUGAUGCUCAAAACAUGCAGCCUGUGCAGGAAUGGGAACUGGCAGAGAAUUUGCAGGGAGUUCUUGAGUAUCAAACCAGGUAUUCAAGGUUCCAAGGUGUGGCCAACUUAACUCUGCAUUUUCCUGACAACUUUGGUGGUGAUACGACUAAGAUAUAUUACAUUGGUUUGCGUGGUGAAGCUACUCAGAACAAAAGGGAUGUUGUGGCCACAAUUGUGUAUGAAGUAAUGCCCAAUCCGUCUGAUCACAAAACAAAAUCCGAGACUGGAGGUGGUUUCUCACAUGUUGAGUAGGCAUGUCAGGUGAGAAUGUGACAUGCUUCCUCGGUUGGAGAGAAACCUGACCUCUGAUGAGUUCUGUAUGAAUAAAACCAGUCCAGCUCUUAGAUUCGUAGUUUUGAGCGUAAACCAGUGUAUUUGUCGGUUGUCAAUGGCUCGAUGAUGUAACUUAACUAUGUUGCCUUGUGGUUGCCUGUGGCUCGAUGAGGUAACUUAACUAUGUCGCCCAUGUCAUCAGAGUUGCUAACAAGUUACUAUGAUUCUACCGAUCUCCAAUUGGUGGUACUUUUCCUUUCUUUCAUUCA